AUGGAUGAUACUGGGCUUGAUGCAGGGUUUGGAAAUGACGCUGGGGUGGAUAACGGAACAGGAGAGAAUUUUCUUCUGGAAGAUAUACAAUUCACAGUGAUACCCAAUAGCGAAGCAGCAGUGGCAGUUAAAGAUGAAGAUAACCCACUAGUCAAUGCUUUAGGAAUAUCUAACAGUGAAGGGAUAGAGGUAAACAUACCAGCUGUCGAUGACAAUAUAGCAACUAUGGAGGAAAAACCUUCAAUCGAUGGAGAAAAGAUGGAUAUAGAUAACGAUGAAGUAAUACCUGCAAGUGUUGACUCUGGACCAUUGGAGAAACUACGGAAUAUACAACUUUUACCUGAAUUAUUUAAUUUACUUUAUGAUCUUAGAAAUGGCACUCUUCUGGCCAAAGAUUUCGGUAGCAAUGCUGGUAGUUUAAGGCUUAAGUUAACGACAUUUAAACAAUGUCUCCAAGAGAUUGAAGGUAUCAAUGAGUCCAUUGAGGAACGACAACAACGCAUUCAGCUGUUAACCAAGAGUAAAACAAAGAAGGAACAAUUUUUAAUGUCUUUAAAGAGUAAGAUAGAAGAUGAUUUCAAAGGAAGUUCGGUAUAA